CCGCUGCUGCCAAUGUUUUCGUAGAUCAAAGACGGGACCUGGAGCUGCUAGCUGCAGCUGUAGCAGUAGUACACACAGUGCGAGUACCGUGGGCUCCAGUUCUCCAUGGCAAGAAGGCGGGCACCCACGCCCGGUGCUCAGUGGGGUGUGCUGGUGGAGGUGCAGCCGCAGGAGAAGAUUGCCGUCUAUAACAGGCAGAAGACGGCCGAAGAGGAGCACUUGACGAUGGCCAAAGACGAAGUCUACUCUGGCCUCUUGCGGUUCAUCUGCUACCAGGAUGGAGCCAACACGGCAAAGUCACAUGACUUGCAUGUGACCAGCGAAAUGACAUGCAGUGACGUGGUCCCUCUGCUGAGCCAGCAACUGGAGACAAACGUCAAUGGGAUGUCCCGACCAGCUGGACACAUCUCACUUGUGCAGGGAGAGAUGGAGAGGGUUCUGGAAGACACCGACAAGCCACUGGACAUUGCUCUCGACUGUUCCUCAAAGGGACUCGCUUCCCCAAGGUUUCUGUUUCGCCUGCCGGUCGAUCCCCUCACCCCUGAUGGGUCUCCGUCCCACCGCAUGCGUACCAGCGGCUUCACCUCGUACGUAGGUGCCCUCACUGCCCACUCUAACCCUAACCUUGCCGUCACUCCCUCCUCCCUCCCGGCACCCAAUUUCUCGCCCCAUCUCCCGGCGGUGCUCGAUCGCAACCGCUGGCUCUCGACCGACGGGGAGCAAAACAGCCUCUACAGCACGGACAGCUACACCAGCCUCUCGAGCCCCGGGCGCCCGGUGCACCGGCUCCAACACAUGUCCAAGUCAGUCUCUGCACUGGAGCAGGUGCCCAGAUCUUCGCCACUGAAGAGGAAACCCAUGCAUAUGCUCUCUGAAGACGGACACCAGAACGGCUCCCCGGCCAUCUCCACGUCCGCACAGAACUUCCUCCAGCUGCCUCAGGCGACCACCCCACAGUCUCCGUCCACUAAGAUGACACGUGCCAAGAACUCUGUCGGAAACUUUUUCUCGCGCUCCCUACGCAACAACCGGAAGAUGAAAUCCAAGAGCAAGUCAUCAAAGUCCAUGUACAGUGGCACUGACAGCGGGUCUCACGGGAAUCUCUACCUACCUCCAGUAUCGCCAGAGGAAAGACAAGCAUCUGUGAUGGUCGCAAACCUCGUUUCUCCCAUCCUGGCCGAGCGAAAGAUGACAAUGAGCACGGUCAUGCACAUCCACUACAGGGACACCAGGGAUGCCUUGGUCUACAAGAGCCUGCUGGUGUCGCACAAGACCAAGGCACGGGACGUGGUAAAAGAGGCUCUGGAGCGGUUUGAUAUGACCGUAGCCAACCCAAAGGACUUCUGCCUGUUUGAGGUGGUAGGUCACUGGCAGGAUGUGUCCGAGAGGGUCGAGCUAGAGUCUUCGCUAAAGACAGGUGUUUCUGGUGCAGCCGCACUCAGUCUGAGUAGCACCUCACUCCUCACUGCUCCCCGGCCAGCUGUGACCUCCAUCGAGGAGUUUGUCGAGUGCUACUUGCGGCCGAUCGGUCCGAGCGAGCGGCCGUACAACCUGCAGACCUGCUUGGCCACACAGGAGGGAUACACCCGCCGCUUUGAGCUCCGACGACAAGACAGCGCCAUCUUGGCCUCCAGAGUGAUGUCUUGCUCACACGAAACGCUACUCGAUGAGAAGGAGACCGAGAGAUGCCAGAGGGUCUCUGCCGAAGUAGUAACUUCAAAAAGACUCUCCUGGGCAGACAAUGAGUUUUGCAAGGGUGCAUCUCCACUGUUUGGUGAUACGAGCCAUCGGAAGAGGGGGAAACGGCAAAACAACAUAUUGCGAAGUUCUCUCGGCAGUGCCGUCCCGGAGGGAUCGGAAACCGAGGAGGACAUUCUGGACGAAGUGAAAAGCAGAAGAAGGGCGAUGUCUACAGGUGGGAAUGGUGGCAAAGAGGUAGCUGGCAAGGUCAGUUUGAGGCAGGAAAAGGUGCGCGAGUCCCAGCCAGACAGUCUGCUAGUUGACGAGGGAGAUCCCUUUGCACCCGAGGUCUCCACUCCUCGUAGAAGAAAGGUUCUCUUGUCAGCCACCAGCUCAUCCCCCGACAGUGGCGUGGUGAGCUUCAGCAAGGACAAGAAGUUGCGGCACAACUCAGAUGAGCUGUCAUCGUCUGCCAGGAGCGGGAAUCGCCUCGAGUCUGCCAGCGUGUUCAAUGACACGCCAACACACACGUCGAGUCUCUCCCACACCCAGCUACUCAAGACACCUUUCUUGCUCAAUCUCAAGAUGAGUGACACGGAGAAGGAGCCCCUGGUGCAACCUCUGGAGGCCGAGAGGGUGAGCAUCACGUCGUCAGCAGGCAGCGAAGGCUUCAAACCAGAGGAACUGGAGGAGGAUGACUCCAGACAGUGUGUGUGUCUCCAUCAUCCAGACUUGGCCAACGACUCCCGUCCAUUUUGCUCGUUACAGCUCCAAACGAAUGGGGGUUACUCCGCAGAUCGCACUGCGGGAGGCCGGGUGUACAUCCUUCACCCGACCCACCCUGAGUUCCCAGUUCAUCUCAACGGCAACCUCGUAGUCGAGCCAACCACUCUCUCUCACGGGGACCUUCUCUCCCUCCACAAGGAUCGCUCUCUUUUGCUCUUCCAGGACUACUCAACUGCCCACUCCACGCAGCAAUACAGCUGGAGACCGCAUCCCUCAAGCCACAUCUUGCCUUCCUCUCCACUCCUUCUCAGCACCCCACUGCCAUCGUCACCACUCAUCACAGAUGUCUCCUCCACCAGAGGCGGGGAGCGAUCAAAGGGCUCGCUGGAGAGGGAAGACAACAAGAGGAGCGCCGCAGAGGAUGAAACGCCGCAGCAGGGCGAGCGUCAUUCUCUGAGGCACCAACAAUCUGAACCAGCAGCUGUCUCACUACAUCGACCCUCAUCCUCUGGCCCCUCACCCACAGAUACAACAAUCUACACCGACGCUGCCUGUCAGACGCCCACACCGCAGCAAGAGAGGAAACACACGGCUCCAGAUCAUCACGGAGGUAGGGAGGAUAGCCAGAGACCGGGCUCAGUCGACUCGGCCCGUGGACGACACGAGAGGCACGCUGACACCGAGAGUAUGUGGUUUUACUCCCUCCAGCGUCCUCCUAAGAAAACUCAUCGCUCGCACCGCAACCUCUCCUCAUCUUACUCCCCCGUCUCUCCCGUUCCUUCCUUCUCUUCCUCUCGCAAGUCUCUCUUCUCCUUCAAUCUCGGCGAAGAGGACACCAUCCUUCGUCAUCUGGUGAGCGACCUGGACGCGAGUCAGACUCCCUGCUACCUGGGGCCAGCCCUCCUGCUAGCCAUGUGCACUGAGUACUCCCACAAGUGUCAUGGUCUGGCUCCCACCUCCAGAUUUGUACAGAAGACAGUGGACUCUGUGCAGGAGGUGGUCUGGAGAUGCACUGAAAGGUUGACAAAAUGGAAGCCUGACCCUGCCAUGGCAUCACGUCCCGCAUCCCACUGCGAGGAUCUGUUCCCACUGCUCCAGCCGACUGUGUUCUGGCUGGCCAAUGGCCUGGAGCUACAUCACCUUCUAACACACUCGUGCACUCCCCUUCUUCCUCUCUCCUCUUCCUCCUCGAAUGACUCCCUCUCCACUCUCCACAGUGUCCUGAUCUAUACCUUCCAGCAGAUGUUCUACACUGUCAGCAAGGUACUGUUCUACUCACUGCCACUGGUAUUGGAUGGCUACAAGAACCAGUCAGAGGGCGAGGAGGAUGGGAAUAAGGUGGUGGAGGGAGGGGGAGAGGAUGAGAUAGUGGAACAGGCCGUGGACUUCCUGCAAGCUCUGCUGGACCUGAUGACCAAUCUACAGCUGCACCUCCAGGUCGUGUCUUGCUUCUACGCCAACCUGUUCUUCUUCAUCAACACCACUCUCUUUAACUCUGUGAUGCAACUGGGACCCCAGAGAGGAGUCUUCACCCACUCUGCAGGAACCACUCUCAGGUCAUCGCUGACUCUGCUGGAGGGCUGGGCGUGCCAGGUGGGGUUCAAGGGCGCAGUCCUCCACCAUCUGGCCAAGCUUUCCUCCAUCCUGGACAUCUUAGCCACCCCUCCUCAACAACUGCUCCAGAUGUCCUGGGGUGACCUGCGUGAAGAGUUCCCUGUCCUGCAUCCGGCCCAGUUGCACCACCUCCUCUCUCACUACGUCCCUCCUCCCUCUCUCUCCCCACCCUCAACCUGGAGCCCCACACACACUGACCUCUCCGCAGCAAACAACAGGGCACUAGUGAGUGAGUCUUACGACACUCACCCUGGGUUCACACUCCCCGAGGCCAGCUACAGCCUCAGCCUCAGCAAGACCCCUCCACAACACCUCCAGUUCCAGACACUGGUGGAUACUCUACAUGAAUCCCUCGGACAGAAUUCAAGUCAUGUUGAUGUGGUGCCAGUGGUGGAGAGUGCUCCGAGUGCCCAGGUGCCCACCAUCUUCACCAGCCUCCCAACUCCCCCCGCCAUCACCACCUCACACCCUCACAAUCAUCACCACCAUCACCGAAAUCACCAUCACAAGACCAGCAGCAGCAAAGACGGUACCCACCACCGAACAGGACACAAAAGGAGGAGCACGAAAAAGGAAGUAAAGCGGGAGACAGACAGUGAUAUGAAUGAAAACGGACCACAAACAUUCGCACACACCCUGUCCCACGACUCCCUUACCUCAGAUCCCCUCAACAACAGCCACACUGGCAGCAGUAUUGCAAACGAUGUCUCUGGCAUCGGGAGCAACACAGAGUCCCAGGAGGACCUACUGGACAGCACCUGCAAUGGUAAAAACAGACGCAACCGUCGGAGCCAAAAGACGAUGGGAGAGAAGACAAAUUCCGGGUCAAAGGUUGCGAAUCUCAUUAGCAGCUACGAGGACACGGCGAAACUGAGUCAGAGCUCGUCAGAGAGUGUCAAGAUCACGAGAGUGGUGGGGGAGAUGAGGGAGGGAGAGGGUGUGGAGAGAGGGAAGGUGGGGAGGGUGAUGUCAAUGGUCACUGAUCAUGCAUUCUCCCAGCCACAGACCCUCAUUCUUCAAGAGUACGACAUUGAAGAGUGGGCGUCGCCCUCGUUCCCAGAUGGAGCCCACUUUGUCAAUGUUCAGAGAGGGAUCAAGGGAUUCGGGAUUCUUCUGGUGGAGCAAAAAGACCCCGUGACAGACACUACUGCCAUUUUCAUCCAACAAGUUCUUCCUGGAAGCACAGCAGAUCAGUGUAAGGAUCUAAAGGCGGGGGAUAGAGUGCUAGCUAUUGACGGUCAGCCAUUGGACGGAGCUGACUACUGCAUAGCUGAAAAGUAUCUGAAGGAAGCUGAGGACGAUGUCCAGCUGGUGCUAGCCCCAAGACCACUCACCAUAAUAACACAGUAACAUUUUUACACCCUUACGUACAAUCUGACUAAUUUCUUUCAACCGUUUCUCAUUUUUUUCGUCAGCAUUUUAACCCCACCCUGUGCACCCAAGCAGCACUAUCAUAGCUUUAAGCAGAUUCAAAUUUAUACCAGAUUUAUAAUAUUAUUGCGAAACUAUCCGUUUUUUGGUUCUCAUCACAUUCCAUGUGCAUUGAUCUGAGAUAUCUAUUUUUUGUCAAUCAAAUCAUAGAACAAGCGUGUGAUUGCGAAUCAGAAUGCAAUUUGUGGUAAAAUCAAAAUACACCAACUCAGAGACAAGCAUGGUAAUUAUCUGAAUCAGAGUGCCAUUUGGGCGAUAUCAAUUGUGGUAAAUUGUGGGAGUCCCCCAGCAAUCACCAGCCGGUGGUCUGGCAGGACAGCAGCACAGCAGAGCUGUCGACUGGAUGGCAGUCUCUGUACGGGCGACCAGGUCCCCUCCUCCGCAUUGCACAGCCAGAUGAGACACGCUGGCUGCUCACUGGUGCUAGUGAUCUCCCGACCACCCACGGCAAACAGGUGGUCAUCUAAGCAAAUGGCUGUCAUGAGCGGAAAGGGGGAGUCUGCCAGUUGUCUCCACAGCUGUCCGGUUCGGUCAGUGCCGGCAAACAUGGAGAAGAAGCGACACGAGGAGAGGAUUUUCUGUAUUGAUGCCAGGUAUACACUCGUGGUGGGCCCUAUCUGGUCGAUUCCACCCAGGAGACAGACUUCGUUCCCGCAGACCGCCACCGACUGUCCAGCCAUGCCUUGAGGUAGUCUCGUGGCUCCUUCCCACCUCGAGCUUGGUAUGUGGAGUACCUCCACAGCGUUCACCAGCUCCCCAACAC